AUGGAGCCGUUGACGCUCAAACCACGUCAGCCUGUGAAUGAUGAGAUCGAGCGCUGGGAUGACGAUGCGGACUUCGACGGUGUCGAUGACCUACAAAUCAGAACAGCCUCAACUGCAACUUCAUCGACUAGCUUUUCUGCUGCGCCUCAUCACAGAGACUCAAUGUCAUCUCGAAUGUCUAUGAGAUCCGACCUCGACUCCAACAACGGUGACGAAGAUUGGCAGGUUCUGCUUCCAGAUGACGACCAAGCUUCCGCAAAAGAUGCAAUCGCUGUAGCCAAAAGCAAGGGCAUCCCAAUACCUUCCGACGUACCCAAAUCAGCGCUACAAGGUGGCACCAUUCGAAGACUGGGUGGCAAGAAAAUCAAGAGAGCUCUGGGUGACGAUUGGUCUGAGGAUUUAGAGUUACCUGGGUUUGGUAGUGAGCUCAAACUCACCAAAACCGAAGGGAAAGAAUACCCUGAUACUCUUCGACAAAUCAGUGCAGCUUUCCGUAAAAGCCCGGUCGGAAGCCCGUUCAAAUCAAUGGCUCAGAACGCUACAUCAACCAAAGCGAUAGCGGCUCCAGUCAGCCUCGAGCAGUUUCGAGACAAUGACGAUGACGACGAUUUUGGCGAUGUGCCUACAAUCAAGGUCGCGAAGUCCAGAGGCCCAAACAAACUGGUACAGAUCACCCAGCCUCAAACCAAGACCACCAAGAAAGACAAUGAGAACAUUGAAGAGGGCCUAGAGAUUCCCACCGAGGGUGAACUGAAACUUGCUCCACGCAAAGAGCCGCCACGGACUCCACAGCAGGAUGAAGAGAUCGAUAUGGAGUGGGCUGAAGGAAGUCUGGGUACGCGCCAUGGCGGCACAAGACGCGAUCUCCGGUCCGAUCCAAACUCAUCCGUCUCUGCGCUUAGCCCUAGCGUUUCAAGCUGUCUGACAGCCGAAAGUGAGGAUGACGGUCUGGAUUGCUUGGUGUUACCGUCUGGGCCUCUCAAAUUCGAUGAAGUGCUCAAGAAGCGGCAGCAAAAUCAUUCACCAGAUGCAUCCCACUAUUGUGACGAGCAGCACGCAGGGAAGAGAGCUGUAGCUAAGGAUGACUUCUUUGCCGACUUUGAAAUUGGAGAUGGGGAUGUCUUCGAUUCAGGCAAAUUGACGCUCAACCGUAACGUCAAGCACCAAACUCAGCGGACCACCAGCCCACCAAAACGUCCUGCCACGACCCUCACAUUCACCAACAACAAAUCUCAAGCGAACUCGACUCGAAUUCCACGGCCUCAUGGAGGUCGUGAAAGGCCUCGAUCGACACUCGAACCUGUUUCGGAAAGUGGUCCUACUGCUGCGCGGUUCAGAAGACCAGAGUCUCGUCUCAGUGGUCACAUAGCACAAUCAUUGGUAUCUAGCAUUCCUGCUCCGUCCCUGCCUUCAGCGCCGUCCACCCCUAGCCGACGAGGCCUUCGCCAUCGGGAUUCUGGGGAUAUUCUUCGAACCGAAUCUGUCACGACUACCAAUGCACAACUCCUUCGAUCAAAGCGUUCGAUGCCAGUGAUGCGAGGUAUGCAAUCGCCAACUAAGCAACAUCCAUAUCCCCGACCCCCAUCACGUAACGAAAUGGGAGGCAUCACAUCUCGACUCAAUUUCCCACCGCGACCGAAGACACCAACUGACCGCUCUGAGUCGCGCCUUGGAGAUGCCAGAAAACCGGCCUUUCUCCCUGCUGGUGUAUCUAAUUCCCAGUCGCAACAUGGCAGCAUGAAGACAACCACUACACGCAACAUUCGCCGGCAUGACUCAGCUGAGUCCCACGAGAGCGGUGCGAUACCAUCAAGACCGUUCUCUCGCCUCACACACCGCCCUGAAACUCCUGGCCGUGCACGAAACGUGGCUCCCCUGGAACUGACGCUCGCUGCGAAGAAGCCGAUCACAAAGCCAACUCGAAGACGAAAUUUUGGUGAUGGUACCGAGCUCGAGAUCUUUGAUGACCUACCAACAUCAGCGACAAUCGAAAGCAAAUUCAUCAAGCAACCAAUUGGUCGUGGCGCACCUAAAUCCAUACGCAACAAGCUUGGGCAGUCUCAUAUUGGUGGGUCGUCUUCCUCUCUUGCAUCACGAACCGAGACUCCCAUGCCAUCGACUCCUCUCAGCCCCACCAAACAAAUGUAUCCAGAUUUCACGCCACGCUUCGCACGAGAAACAGCCGCGAGCCGCAAUGCCAGAGAACAGCGCAAUCCUUCAGUCUCCAUCAAUGCCGCUUUACGCGAACCUCUUCAUUCCAUCAGAGAAGGCGGACCACUUGCCCCGCUCAGUACAAACUGGAAAGCCCACGUCAUGGCCCGCAGCAACGCCAAUGGCCUCGCCUCGCCUACGCUCCGGAAGAAACACCUCAACAACAAGAAGGAGCCCCAGAAACCACAACUCAUUAAACCUAUGGGCAGCGGUAUACAAGAACCCAAAGCCAUUAAAGGAAUGCAAUACAACCCCCUUCUCUUCAAAUGGGAAGGCAAUGAGAACGCCCUUGCUCCAUUCGAUGUUCCCGUUUCUUCAAGUACUGGUGGCUCGCCGGUCAGGAGUCGCGAUAGUAAUGGACAUAGCCCCAAACACUCCAGUGUUGGCCAGCCGGCGCUCAUUACGAAUGUUGGACAGGUAGCUACGGGAGUGCAGGUAGUGGGUGGAAUGGUGUUUGAUCCGAAAAGAAUGUGUUGGUUGAAAAUGGCGCCUAGUCAGGGGCAGGGGCCUGGUAGUAGGUCACAGGGCGGCACUACAGGCUUGAGGGGCGGUCUCGCUGCGGUGGGGAGUGUCCAAUUAGAAGAAGAAGAGGAUGUGUUUGCUGGAUUAGAGGAUCUGAAGGAGGAAGAUGAAUUGACGAGUGGGAGUUUCAGAAGUGGUGGCUUUAGCGGUGCCGGGGCAGCUGGAGCGAAUGGUGGUAGUGGAAGGAAAGUAUCUGACGGAUCAGCGGAUGGAAAGGAUGGGAGUGGAAGUGGAGAUGACGGGUGGUUGGUCAGCGAGGAGUUUGAUGUCGGACCGGAGUUUGUCAAGAGGCAGCGCAAUGAGGAGGAGAAGUGGAAGAGGAAGGUGGAGAAAUGGUUGAGACCCGAUGCUAACGUUGAGGAUCGGGGAACGGGGUCUUGGAGGUGGGCUAUUAGAGAUGUGGUUUCCAGUCUGCAACAGGGUGUGCAGUGA